UGACGUCAUCCCAAGGCGCGAAUUCCACUUGAAAAUUCGAGUGUUUCCGUUUUCCCUGUACUAUAAACCAAGAGAAACAAUACGGCGUUGCGUUUAAAAGGUCGUGUUUUUGUUCUAUAAGCAGAAGUUAUGGAUAUCAGUGACUUUGACGCCGAUAACUCGGUCAGCUGUCGGUUAGCUUCCACAAUUCCUGAUCUCUGCAAGACUGAAGACUGCUGCCUGGGCAUCGACGAGGCUGGCAGGGGACCUGUGCUGGGGCCAAUGGUGUAUGGAAUCUGCUUCUGCCCCGUUUCCAAAAAGGAGGCGCUGAAGGACUUGAAAGUGGCAGAUUCCAAAACUCUAUCAGAGGCAGAACGAGAAAACCUAUUCCAAAAUCUGGAUGAAGCCAAAGGUUUCAUCGGCUGGGCCCUGCACAUUCUGUCCCCCAACACCAUCUCCACCAGUAUGUUACAGAGGACCAAGUGUAACCUGAACACCCUGUCACAUGACGCAGCCAUCGGUUUAGUUCAGUUUGCGUUGGACAGCGGCGUACAGCUCACAGAGGUGUUUGUGGACACGGUUGGCCCUGCUGAGAAGUAUGAAGAGAAGCUCUCCAAGCAGUUCCCUGGCAUCAGUGUGACAGUGAGGCCCAAAGCUGACUCCCUCUUCCCAAUUGUCAGCUCAGCCAGUAUCUGUGCAAAGGUGGCCAGGGAUCAUGCUGUGAAAAAAUGGACCUUCCUUGAGGACCUGGCAGAGGUGGAUAGUGACUAUGGCUCAGGAUACCCAAACGACCCAAAGACCAAAGCGUGGCUGCUGAAGUACCUGGACCCGCUGUUUGGCUACCCCCAGUUUGUGCGCUUCAGCUGGAGCACAGCCAGAGCCUUAAUUGACAGCAAGGGGGUGACCGUCCAUUGGGACGAUGACGAGGACGGGGAGAAGACAGCGCAGCGGCAAGCCAUGUUGUCCUACUUCAGUGCAGCAGGUGGCAGCAACAACCAGACCCAGACACACCGCUUCUUCACCGAGCGCAGGCUGAAGAGCAUUGACACUCUCUGAGGACUUUGAAGGUCUUGCAUGCCUUGUGUAUUAAACACUGUGAGCAAUAAUGUCUUUGCACCAGCACUCAAAACAUGUUGGAAUGUCUUUAUUUGUUUUACUUAUAUAAACAUGUUUUAGAAA